CGCUGCGACCGCCAACUUCCAAUGGACUCUGUCGCCCGCAAGGGGAUGCAGACUGGACUUCCGGCUCUAAUGGCGCCUCGCGUGGUGAAGGGCAAGAGCAGCAUUGGACGCUCUCUCCUUGGUUUUCUUCUCCUCUUGGCGACUAGUUCCACUCUUUACCUCUCUUCAAGGCUUUUCAGCUUUCAAGAUCGAGGCGUGGUCGUUCCUCUAGACGCGGAGUCUCUUCUAGCCAAGUGUCGCUCCUUGCACGUCAAACCUGGACCACAUGUCGACUUUCACUCUCGUGCUCGGUCCGACAGGUAUCAACCCGGCACGAAGGCCGUUUACAUCCGCAAUGCUACGAUCUGGUCCGGCGAUAGCAACGGCAAGGAAGUCUUGCACGGGGAUGUCUUCCUUGAUGACGGACUCAUUAAAGCCACUGGGGACGUUCCGAAUGAGCUAUUAGCUAACAUUGGCGAUGUGGUUGUGGUUGACGCGCAAGGUGCUUGGCUUACCCCCGGUAUCGUUGAUCUCCAUUCUCAUCUCGGAGGAUCGACGCCUGCUCUCCGUGGCUCCGACGAUGACAAUUCGUAUAAUGGACCAAUAACUCCUUGGCUGCGACGCCUCGAUGGCCUCAAUACUCAUGACCUCGGUUAUGAGAGUUCCAUCUCUGGUGGGGUGACUACGUCCCUGGUUCUCCCUGGUUCGCUCAAUGCCAUUGGCGGACAGGGAUUAGUCAUGAAGUUGCGGCCGACGAAGGAGCGCUCGCCUACUUCUAUGCUGCUUGACCCGUACCUGGGGUUCAAUGGCACAGACCAUUCCCCUGAGGCCGCUCGUCAUUGGGGGCAUAUGAAACACGCCUGUGGCGAGAACCCUAAAUAUUAUAGGGAUACUCGUAUGGACUCUGUCUGGCUGACUCGCCAAGCAUACGAUACUGCUCGGAGCAUCAAAGUUGCCCAGGAUGACUAUUGUGAGAAGGCUCUAUCAGGCGACUGGAGCUCUUUGCGUUCCCGGCAGUUCCCGGACAGCUUGCAGUGGCAGCCCCUUAUCGACGUACUUCGAGGCAAAAUCAAGGUGCAAACUCAUUGCUACGAGGCAACUGACAUCGACAACUUCGUCCGCUUAUCCAACGAAUUCCAAUUCGAAGUUGCGGCCUUCCACCAUGCUCAUGAGGCCUGGUUGAUUCCCGAUGUGCUCAGGCGCGCCUAUGGAAAGAAGCCCCCUGCGCUCGCUAUCUUUUCGACAUUUGCAAGGUAUAAGCGUGAGGCUUAUCUGCAUUCCGAGUUUGCUCCCCGGGUGCUUGCCGACGAGGGAUUCGAUGUUGUCAUGAAGUCGGACCACUCUGCCAUCCCCUCUCGUAAUCUGCUUGCUGAGGCUGCGAUGGCGCACUACUGGGGUCUACCUGAGAACAUCGCCUUAGCUUCCGUCAUCAGCACUCCAGCAAGGAUCCUUGGCCUCGAUCACCGCAUCGGAUUCAUCAGAGAAGGCUAUGACGCAGAUGUUGUCCUGUGGGACAGCCAUCCGCUUUCUCUGGGGGCGACGCCUACUCAGGUCAUCAUCGAUGGCAUUCUCCAGAUCUCUCAUCCGCACACAGUGGUCAAACCCGCCUCGCAUCAGCAGGCCCCCUCUGCGCCGAACUGGGACCGCGAGACUGCGCAGGCCCUCGAGUACAAUGGCCUACCACCUCUUGAGCCGAGACAUCGCGACCAGUCUGUUAUCUUCACCAACGUCUCCCACUUCUGGUCGCCAACAGCGGAAUCUGUUAUCGAUCUCCUGGCAGAAUCAGCGGGGGCCAACUCUCAGCCGUCUGGCAUCGUGGUCGUACAGGGCGGUAGAGUAGUAUGCUUCGGCCGCAACUCUUCAUGCGAUGUGUAUCAUUCCCUUCCCGAUGCAGAGACCAUCAGCCUACAGGGAGGCGCGAUCCAGCCUGCACUCGUAGCUUACGGCACAGGUCUGGGGCUGACGGAGAUCGCAUACGAAGCCUCCACGUCAGAUGGAUAUAUCACAGACCCAUUGGACAGCCAGCCGCCUCUGUUUGGUCCUGGGGGGUACAUCGCGAAGGCCGUGGACGGUCUCCAGUUUGGUACGCGUGAUGCAUUGCUCGCAUACCGUGCGGGAGUCACCGUCAGCGUCACCUCCCCGUCGCAUCAGUCCUGGCUCAGUGGGUUGAGCACAGCAUUCUCGCUCGGGGCACCGCACAAGCUUGACCGCGGGGCCGUUGUCAGUGACGUCGUUGCUGUUCACGUCUCGCUUUCCCAUGGGGAUUCCGAGCCGAGCGUGAGCACCAAAAUUGGCGCGUUGAGGCGGUUGUUGACACAGGAAGUCAAAGGCGAUGUAGGAGAGUGGUUCCAGAAGGUGGCGAACGGAUCGCUGCCGCUGAUCAUCAAUGUCGGAAGUGCGGACAUCAUCGCUACUCUAGUGUCGUUGAAAAAAGAGGUCGAAACCAAGACGGGUACUCCGUUCACACUUACUAUAGCGGGUGCUACGGAGGCCCAUCUAGUUGCGGAUGAGCUCGCAGAAGCGAGGAUUGGCGUUAUUGUGACCCCAACUAGAUCCUAUCCCUAUACUUGGGACGAGAGACGAACGCUACCUGGACCUCCGAUGAGCGCAGACAGUCUCAUUGGAUACCUGGUCAAACGCGGUAUCACCGUCGGCGUUGGUCCCCGCGGUAUCGGGGCGCUCGGUCAUCCUGGAGUACCCGAGAUGGCCAACUCUCGCGCACGUAAUCUGCGAUUCGACAUUGGAGAGGCAAUGCUAGAUUCAGGAGUCCUAUCGAAAGAAGCAGCGCUUGCCUUGGCGACUGUGAACCUAGAAAAGCUCUUAGGCCUCGAUUACCAUGGCCAGCAGCAUGAUUUGGUUGCCACAGCCAACGGCGGUCUCCUAGGCUACGAAGGAAAGGUCUUAGCAGUCAUUUCGCCUAGACGCGAGCUCGUGGAUGUCUUCUCUACUGACGAUGUGGUAGCUCCUGUAAAAUGAGAUCACCUGAAGAUGUAGAUCGGUGAGCAUGAUUCGGAACAAUACAGCCGUACCAC